CUCACAAGCCUUCCACCUCGCCCGCCGCUUGACUUGACUGAGCAGAGCAGAGCCCCCUCGUACCGAAUCUGCUCCUGAAUCUCGCCGAUGGGGUGCGGCGGAAGAAGCUCGACGACGGCGAUGACAUGGCCGCGGUGGCGCCGGCGCCACGGCUGGCAGCUCCCCCUCCACCCGCUCCAGCUCGUGGCCGCGGCGGUGUUCUCCGUCCUCGUCGCCGCGUUCUACGUCGUCCUGGGCCCCUACCUCGGCAGCACCGUCGCCGGGAACACCCUCCUCGCGCUCUUCUCCUUCUCGGCCGCCGCCACCGCGGCUCUCUACGUGCGCUGCACCGCCGUGGACCCUUCCGACCGGACGCACGCCAAGAAGAUGAAGAGGCAGCGCAGCCUUGCCAGGGGUGGCGGCGGCGGGAAGCUGCCGCGGCUGCGGUACGGGUACAUCCUGUGGCGGUACGCGGUGCGGCUGCUGAAGAGGGUCGAGGCCCGUGUGAUGAACCGCUGGGUAAGGAGGAGCUACCUGGAGCAGUGGAACACCAGUGUCCAGCUCGACCCCAUGCUCCCCUUUGCCUUCACCAGCCUCGACGACAUUGUCUCGCCGCAUGCCACCGAGGACCAGGACAUCUCGUUCUGCCCUGUCUGCGAUUGCGAGGUGAAAUUGCGCAGCAAGCACUGCAAAACCUGUGAACGCUGUGUUGAUGGAUUUGAUCACCACUGCAGGUGGCUGAACAAUUGCAUCGGGAGAAGGAAUUAUGCAGCAUUUAUUCUGCUCAUGUUCUUUGUCCUGCUCAUGCUUGUUAUCGAGGGAGGAACAGCAAUUGCGAUUUUUGUUCGCUGCUUCGUUGACAGCAAAGGGGUGAAAAUGGAAAUGGAGCACAGGCUUCACAUAAGGCUCCCUAAAGGAGCUCACGCAGCAUUAUCUAUGGCCUUUGUUAUCUUCACUAUGUACAGUACUGCAGCACUGGGGCAGCUCUUCUUCUUCCACGUUGUACUAAUUAGAAAGGGAAUGAGGACAUAUGAUUACAUCCUUGCUAUGCGAGAAGCUGCACAAGCGUUUGAUCCUUUUGAUGACUCUGAUUCAUCAUCCGAUGAGAGUAUCGAUUUUGACUCUCCAGAAAAGCCAUCGUUCUUGUCAAGGAUCUUUUGUAGGAAAGAUGAAUUAAAUGAGAGUAGCCGAAAGCUGUCGAUUAGGAUCGAUGAGAAGGAGCCCAAUGAUGCAACAAGAAGGAAGGAUGACAUCCAGAUCAAUCCAUGGGCGUUGAUCAAGAUGAGCAAGGAAAAGGCUAUGGCAGCCGCGGAGCGUGCGCGUGAGAGAAUCAGGCAGAAGUUGCCAUCCACGACAACCUCCCCAAUGAAACCAUUACCACUGGAGACAAAGCGAGGUCCUCUGAACGUAGACAGAAGGCAGAUUGUGACAGGGAAGGAGAUUGUGCCUGUCUGCACAAAGAGCUGGUUGUCAGGUUCGCCGACAACGAGGUUGUCAAGUCCAAGGAGGCGGUUUUCAGGGUCACCCUCACCCAAACCACAGAGGUACAGGACUAACUUCGACUUGAGACUGGCAGAGGUGUCAAGAGAGCUUGAUACCCACAUCUCAAAACAGGUCUUGUGCUCUGUUGUCAUGAAAGGCGUCGAAGAUGAAGAUUCUUUUUCGUAAUUUUGGAUGUUGUUUUAGCCCACAAAAUUCAUUGAAUUUUUUGUUUCUUAGCCACUGAGAAUUGGUUUAUGUGCUUUCUUAGCCCAUGCAUCCCUUUACUCAGGUACGUCAGUGCUGUUGUAUACAUAGUUGUAUGUUGCUAGCCUGUACUCCGACCCAAUGAACAUUUGAGUACAGUUAUGCCAUGGUUAUUUAUAUCAGGUGCAUCAAAGUUUCUACUCAUAA